AUGGCAGGCAUCCCAACAAGCAUUGAUUCGUCCUCAUCCUCAAUAAGCCCGAGUUUCGAAAGACUGAAAACUCAGAAAGUCAAAGCUCUCGUCCACAGGUCUAAGCAGCACAGAAACAGAAGCACUGACAAUGGUCGACCACGUGAUUCAUCGCCAAACCCUCGUUCAAGAGGAGGAUGGGGGGACGCUGGAGGAUCCUUCCGUUCUCUUAAUUCUCAGGAGCUUGCUCCCGACACCAACUUCUUCAGUGUCAAGUCCUUCAGGGAACUAGGCUGCGCUGACUACCUCAUCCAAUCACUCCAAAAGCUCUCUUUCCCGCGCCCUUCCAAUGUACAGGCCAUGGCAUUUGCACCUGUUAUUGCUGGAAAGACUUGUAUUAUAGCUGACCAAAGUGGUUCUGGAAAGACUUUAGCAUAUCUUGCACCAAUAAUUCAGCGUCUUCGGCAAGAAGAACUAGAAGGACACAGUAAAUCCUCUCCUCAAGCUCCUAGAGUUGUCAUACUAGCACCAACAGCUGAAUUAGCUUCCCAGGUCUUAGAUAAUUGUCGAUCACUGUCUAGAUCUGGGGUUCCAUUUAAAUCUAUGGUUGUCACAGGUGGCUUUCGACAAAGAACUCAACUGGAAACUUUACAACAGGGUGUUGAUGUAUUAAUAGCUACACCUGGCCGUUUUUUGUUCCUUAUGAAGGAAGGCUUCUUGCAGUUAACAAAUCUAAGAUGUGUUGUUUUGGAUGAGGUAGAUAUUCUCUUUGGUGAUGAGGAUUUCGAAGUGGCUCUUCAAAGCUUGAUCAAUUCCUCACCCAUAACUACACAAUACUUGUUUGUGACUGCAACUCUACCAAGAGAUGUUUACAGCAAACUGGUUGAAAUUUUCCCCGAUUGUGAAAUGAUCAUGGGACCUAGUAUGCACCGAAUAAGCCCACGCCUUGAAGAGAUCAUAGUAGAUUGCAGUGGAGAAGAUGGGCAAGAAAAAACUACUGAUACAGCAUUUCUGAACAAGAAAUCUGCUCUUCUGCAGCUUGCAGAGGAACGGCCUGUUCCAAGAACUAUUGUGUUUUGCAACAAAAUUGAAACAUGCAGAAAAGUAGAGAAUGCAUUAAAGCGUAUAGAUAGAAAGGGAGCAGUUAUACAAGUUCUACCUUUCCAUGCUGCCAUGACACAGGAAUCAAGGCUUGCCAGUAUGAAGGAGUUUGCACGUUCACCGUCAAAACAAGUGUCCCAGUUUAUGGUUUGCACUGACCGAGCAUCAAGGGGAAUAGACUUUUGGGGAGUGGAGCACGUGAUACUGUUUGACUUCCCGAGGGAUCCAAGCGAAUAUGUGAGGCGUGUCGGAAGAACGGCGAGAGGCGCAAAGGGUGUGGGGAAGGCAUUCAUAUUCGUGGUAGGCAAGCAAGUAUCGCUUGCACGCAAAAUCAUGGAAAGAAAUAGGAAGGGUCACCCGUUACAUGAUGUCCCUUCUGCUGUUACCUUCUAGUUUUCAGGUCGGCGAUGGUUUGCAAUGCAUGAACUCAUUUUUAGUGUAUGAAUGAAGAAAAAUUCACGUUUGUUAGUUAUGGUAAUGUGCGAAAUCCAAAGCAACUAUUAAUUUAUUCUGUGCUAUUAUCUUAUACUAGUAUAAAGCCCGGGCGUAGGUAGUGUACAUUAUCUAUUUUAUUGUAUUUAUAUAUAGUUUAUUUAUAAAAAGAUUAAUAUAUAUUUAUAUUCUAAUGUAU